ACUUAUACUCUUCCUUGCAGGACGACAAGCCCAAUAAGAAGGAUUCCCUUCUGCCACAUCUCUAUGCGGUCUGACGAAUAAUCUCCGAUAUCAACUGAGAGAUUCUCUCAUCCCCAUCUCUGGUAUCAGGCGAAAGUUAUCGCAUUCCAACCUCUAUCAUGGGGUCGUAUUCAAACGGUGGUGGCGGAACACUCACGUUGCCUUCUCCAACACACGUCCACCAUGUUGAUGUAACCAGCGCGGUGAGAUCUCUGAGGCGAUCACUCUCGAGAUCUCCAUCGAAGUUUCGCCUAGUUACAAAGUCACCGAGCUCAUCUCCCAAAUCGCCAUUGUCGCCGUCUCCAUUAUCCCCACCGAAACGAACAACCUCACACUCAAGCAUCUUCGCACCCAGCAAUCCUCCGCACACCCCUUCGCCACUUGCAGUUCCCUUCCCACCAAGCGCGAAACUGGCCUUGCGAUCCUCUACACGGGCGAAAGCAGCUCCGCCUCGAUCUUCGUCGCGUACUCGGACCUCUCCUCGAAGCCCGAUGAAGCGCGCUUUGAGCCAAGCAUCGGACGCUGGGAAUGCGCCUCCAACUUCUUCGGCUGCUUCUGUAGUUGGGCAAGAGAACAGCAGAAGCAGCAGUCCUGCAGAGCGAAAGAGUUUCGAGCGCGUAUCUAGGAUGCCCUUCCAUAUGGAUGUCGCGGGACCAAUCAAUCACGCCUUGUCGCGACUUGGUGGUGAUGGCGCGAAUGAUUGCAAUGUGACUUCGACAACCUCGAGCCCUCUCAAGCGUAGCGACGCGAUCAUGAACCUUGAUCAAGCAAGCUUGGGCAGCCCUGUCGCAAAGCGAAGAAGUUUACACGGUUCAGCAAGCUUUGGUCAAGAUUUCAACGUCUUUGACCACGGACCGUCAUCCUCAUCGCAUUUCGAAAUUCACGAUGAUUCGAAUCACGAGUAUGAAUUAUCAACGGCAUCGAUCACAUCCGAAAGUCCUUCCUCAUUCACGUCGAUGCCUAGACGAUCAUCAUCCUUGCGAAAGUCUACUCUUCAGCAGAGGCAUGGUGAGAAGACAUCUUGGGGCCGCAGACACGCAGCGCACAUGCUGGCUGCUCAGCAAUUGACAGGCGCUGCCCCAGAUGCGCCAACUCCAACUCCUGUGAAGAAUCGACCUCGUUUGUCACUGGAUCAGUUUAUGCCUCCUAUGGCUCGCGAAAGCCCCUUUUCCUCACAGGGCGCCCUUCCUAAUCCAUCGAUGCACGUGGUCAAUCAUUCCACACACCAACCCCACCCCCUGUCACGGACUAUGACCACUUCAUCGUCAAGCUCGAGCUUAAUGGACGAGUCUCCUACUCAUGUUCCCGCUCACUUCGGCCAGCAGCCUAGGCCAAAAUUGGACUUCUCCAAGUCAUUGCCUGCUGGAUCAUUAAGACCAUUUGCUCUAGAGCCCAGCUCAGGCGCAAAUGCUUCAUUCGAGACCCCUCAGAAUUACAAGUCUGUCAAACCUCUCCCGGCUGCAUUUGCUACCACUGGUCUCGUUUCCAAGGUCAAUAGAAACCCGGAAGAACCACAGCUCCUUCGUGGUGGCGGGAAGAACGUGCCGGAUACUCCAUGCAAGAAGCAGGUCAAUGCUUUCGCCACAUAUCCUGCUCCGAUUCUUGGCAGUGCUAUUGCAAAGGCUCGACAUAUUCGCCAUUCCUUUGGAAAUCCGUCGACACCUUUCAAUCCCCAUGGCAAUUCGACAGUUCAAGGCACUUUUGGAAAGGGAACUGGGGUGUUUGGGAGCGUUUUCGGCAACAAAGGGCUGACGAGGCGUGGAAGCUUUCUCAGUGUGGAUGGCGAUGAUAGUGGGGGAUCACCUGAUGCAAAGGGAGACAGUCAAUCCAGCACUGACUUCGAGCUGCCACCUACGCCAACGAAGCAAGCUCUUACUCACCAGCAAAACAAUGGCAGUCCAAGUAUUCAUCGAAGCUUUCCGGCCUCUGCAGUUGGAUGUGGCAUGGCAAAGAAACUCACAAGAACCAGUAGUAAGUUGAACCUCUUCACAAGUCCAGGCGAUCCGGAUGCAGAGGACAGCGAUGCAUCUAUGGAUAUGAACAAUUCUCCAACUACAGCGCAUGGUCGGUUUUCUCUGAAGCCCUCAGACUCGGCGCCAACCCUGAGCAGAUCUCGGGUGCUUCGAGGGCCAAGUAUUCAGUCUCCGACACCGCUGAUUCCCAAAUCUCUUACUGCUCCGUUCCUGAGUCCUAGGAAGCCCGGUUUUGCUAAAGUCAGUCACGUUGCUCCAGCGAGUCCGUUGGAGCGCAUAGAUUUCAUCGAGAGGCUAUCACCUCACACCCCUCAGGAUGGUAUGCUUCCGCCUGACCCUAGUGGCCUUUCCAUCUCAAACCCAAGGGAUGGUCAGGCUGUAAAGUCAGGCGCUAUCAAUGCAUCCAUGCCGCCUCCUGCUACUCCGACGACCGGACGAGAGUACUUCCCAAUGGUUGGAGAACGACGACUUAGCACUACUCCCAUCAGUACCUUCGCCCCAGCAGAAUUCGAUGAAUCUCUCACGUCAAGAUUCGAGAAGGUCGAGAUGAUAGGCACAGGAGAAUUCUCCCAAGUCUACCGAGUCACGCAAACCUCUCGUCUUGCUACCACGAACCAGUCUUUUUAUUUCGGCACCAGCACCCCUUCGCAAGGAGGAACACCCCCAUCGCCUAUGCCAGAACGAGUCUUCGCUGUAAAGAAGUCACGACAGCCUUAUCAAGGCACCAGGGACCGUCAACGGAAACUGCAGGAAGUCAAGGUGCUCAAAGCACUUGGACAUUCUGAUCACGUCGUACAUCUUAUCGACAGCUGGGAAGAGAAGAAUUACUUAUACAUUCAAACCGAAUUUUGCGAGGAGGGCAGUCUGGACCUAUUUCUCGCCCAGGUCGGACGGAAGGGAAGAUUGGAUGAUUUUCGGAUCUGGAAGAUCAUGCUUGAACUCAGCCUGGGUCUGCAGCAUGUUCAUGAACAUGGAUACAUCCAUUUAGAUCUCAAACCCGCCAACAUCCUCAUUACCUUUGAAGGUGUCUUGAAGAUUGCCGACUUUGGCAUGGCAACAUCUUGGCCUGCAGAACCAGGUAUUGAAGGCGAAGGCGAUCGCGAAUACAUCGGCCCCGAGAUCCUCUUGGGUCAAUACGAUAAACCAGCUGAUGUCUUCGCCCUUGGUCUCAUCAUGCUUGAGAUCGCCGGAAACGUUCAGCUCCCAGACAAUGGCGCGACCUGGCACCGUCUUCGGUCUGGCGAUAUCAGUGAUGUACCGAGCCUCAGCUCGAGCAUCGACAGUGCCAUACCUCGAGAUGCGACUGGCAUUCCCUUGGAAGACGGUGACAUCGGCAUGGAAUCAUUCGGCAGCGAUGAUGAGAUUGAGGCCGAUUUUGGAUCACCAUCAAUGCACACUCGCAAGCGAAACUACGGGGGUUCCAACAAAUCACUCUCCCACGACCCUGCGAAUCUCUUCGGCUCCGCGAGAAGGGGUGAACUUCAUCGAGCACCCUCCUUCAUCAAGCACGCGGAUCACGAAGACACGCUCACAAAGCUAAUCCUAUGGAUGAUAUCGCCAGCCCCUCACGACCGCCCGAUCAUCCAGCAAGUUCUCCAGGCUCAAGGAGUUCGUUGGGUACAAUCACGCCGUCGUGCUGGUGCAACGGUCUUCGAGGGGAAUUGGGGUCCAGCUGAUCACGUGCUGGCUGAUGAUGCUGAAAUGAUGGAUGUUUGACUGGGAUCUUGCUCAGAUAACUCGCUCCUUCCUGGAUAGGACUGGCAAGGUUGGAUUCGACUCCUUGAAUUUGAAGUCGACCUUAGGGCGUUGGAAAAAUAUCAUGGCAUGGCCACAACGCAGACCGGAUACGAAUGACGACGGCAUACAUUACCAGCUUUAUGAGCCUUACGCUUACUUUACAUAAUAUUCGAGGCGACUUUGACUGUUUUUUACGCAUUCACGAGACCACGAAAACGGACGAUAGACUCGCAUUCGGUCAGCUGGACGAGUUCAAUGUUGGCGAUUAUGAUGACUUUGCUGCUUGUUGC